AAUCAUCAACCAGCAAGCAGCAAUCCAAUAACUUGAAUCUUUUCAUACUUCUCUUCAAAAGAGUUUAAAAUUUCAGACAAAUGGCUUUGGUUAGAAGUUUGUUGGGUGCAAAGAAGAUUCUUGGUCGUUCCGUAACAGCAACAGCUUCUACAAGCAAAAGAGCAACCAUGGCGGCACCACCAAAAGGGUUUCUUGCGGUGUACGUAGGAGAGAGUCAGAAGAAGAGAUAUGUGGUGCCAAUCUCAUACUUGAGCCAGCCCUCAUUUCAAGCUCUCCUCAGCAGAUCUGAAGAAGAGUUUGGGUUUGAUCAUCCAACGGGUGGCUUAACUAUCCCUUGUCCUGAAGAUACUUUCAUCAAUGUUACUUCUCGGCUUCAUUGAUGAUUAUCCAUCAUAUUGUUCAUCUAGUUAGAGAUAGACUUGUACCUUGUAAAUAGAUGAUUUUUUCUCUUCUUCUUGAAAGAGUUGUUCUAUAAUUUUUUGAAAGUGAAUGACAUAGACACAA